UGAAAUCAGCAGGAGGCUGUGCUGGAGUAUCACGGCUUCACUCGCUUUCCUUGCUCUGGUCGGCGUUCAGCUCGCGCGGGUAUGGGAUGCUCCCCAUGGAGAAAUUAACCCGUUGAAGCUGUUGAAAGUGGUAACAUGCUCCUCAGCAUACAUCUUCAUCCUACUCCUGCUGCCGUUUACACACCGCAUUCAGAAAAUCGAGCCGGGAGUAUUUGUCAGUAUCGUGCUCGUCUCGAUAGUUCUCUGUCUGCCGAUUUGGUUGGCCCACUACUCGGAGGAUAGCUGGGAACUGGUCACGGUCAACCUCAUUUUCCUCCACAUUAUGGCUUUAGUUAAUUCGGCUUUGGUCUCUAUCAAACAAUUCGACCUGCCUUAUAUCGGUCUCACAGUUGUCAUGAACCUGUUGUUUUUUGUUGCCCACAAGUACGAAAAGUCAGGGAGGGCCUUCCGGAUGAUAAAUGUGUAUUACAUCGUUUAUGCAAAUACAUGGGUCGAGUUUAUUGGGGAUGUUGUGGCCAAAAUGAAGGUGCCUGAGUUUCCUGAGUUUGUUUGGCGGGUCAGGGAUGUAUUGGCUGAUGUCUGGGGCAGGAUGCCGAACUUCUUCCACUUGCGUAAG